UGCUGGGAGACGGGAAGAGGUCAGUAGGGAGAAGGGAAAGUGUCGCUUCCAUCCACAACACAAGAAAUAAAACCAUUAAUUGCAACACCUGAGGAAUGCAUGGCCAUUUUUGACAUUUUGGAAGAGCGGAGAGGAAGCAUUUAGAAAAAAAUUAACUUGGAGAAGUUACACUUAUCAAAAGCAUGGCUACAGAUGAAAGAGAUACAGAACACAGUGUUCUACCUGAGGGACUGGGUAGCGAAGCUGCAGAUAAGAAAAAGUCAAGCAAGUUCCAGCCUUUUAAGAAGUUGUUUAGCAGGAGAAAAAAACGGGAAACAACACCAGACCGGGAGGAGAGCAAGCUGAAACCAAGCAGUUCCUUUGGAAAUGUUUGCAAUGGGGCCCUGUCUUCUGAUGAAGAGACUAACAAUGGCCUGAGGUCCUCCAGUUAUAGUAUGAGCACACGGGCCUUUUCCCAUGACAGUAUUUUCAUACCUGAUGGGCGAUCAGAGAGUGAAGAGUCCAUUCAAGCAAUGUCCCAAGACAACCUCGUAGGCAAAGUCAAAACUCUUCAGCAACAGUUGGCCAAGAAUAUUAAAUUUGGCCAGCCUCCGCAGAUGACAGUUUCAGUGAAGACAACUGGGGAAGCAAGUUCUAGCUUGGAAGCAGAUGUGUUACUGAGCAGUCCAAUGGAAGCGGAAAUGCAGCAGGAUGUGGCCCUUCCAGAGAGCCAUAAUAAAGUAGGUAACAUGCCAGAUUCAUUAAUCCCUGAAAGUCUGCACAAAACAAGGCUUGGAGGAGAAGAGAAGGUUACUCCAGUGAAGGUAUCGCUUCGGCCAAAAAGACAUCAUUCACCCUCGGGCACAAUUGAAACAGUCAACCUUGAUGCCAUCCCACUGGCGAUUACUUGUCUGGACAAUAGCGCAGCAAAGCACAAACUCUCUGUUAAACCAAAGAAUCAGAGGGUUUCCACAAAACACAAAAGAUUAUCAAAGGAUCUACAAAGUCUAUCAGUGAUUGAAUUUGAACCAGAAAUCCUGGAACCAAUAGAGUAUGAAGACAAAAUCCUAAAACAGGAUGGCCAUCAUGCAGAAAAGCCCUUCCAAGCUAGAGAAAGCCAUGAACAGGAAACAAAAGGCAAAAGGAAGCAAGAAGAUAGACUUAUGACUGAGAAAAAAAUAGCUGAAACAGAAGUAAAAAGCCAUAUGGAAAACAAAAGAGUUCAGGGAUUCGAGGAAGAUCAAGGGCAACAAGAAGGAAAAAAGCAGAAGCUUCAAGAAGAAGAGCCAUGUUUAAAAAUGGAAGACAGAAAGAGUCAAAAAGAGUCAAAAGAGCACAUGGCAGAACAUGAGAUGCAAUGGCACCAAGAACAGGAGGAAGGAAGGAAGAAGGAAGAGAGAUCUCAGGAACUAGAGGAACCUAUGUACUCAGAAUCUGAACAUCAGGAACUAGAAGACCAAAAGCAGAGAGAAGUAGAGGCACAAAAACAACAUGAAGAACAAAGAAAGCAUGAACUGAAGGCACAAAGGCAAAGGAAGGAGCAAAAACAAUGUGAAAUGGAGGCACAAAGUCAACAGGAAGAGCAAAGAAAACGUGACUUGGAGGCACAAAAACAAUGGGAAGAACAAAGACAACAUGAAAUAGAGUCACAAAGGAAACAGGAAGAACAACGACAACGGGAACUGAGGGCACAAAGGAAAAGGGAGAAGGAACGACAACGUGAACUGGAGGCACAACAGGAAGAACAAAGGCGGUAUGAACUGGAGGCAAAAAGGAAACAGGAGGAGGAAAGACAACGUGAAAUGGAGGCACAAAAGAAACGAGAAGAACAAAGACAACAUGAAAUGGAAGCACAAAGGAAACAGGAAGAGCAAAGACAACGAGAGCUGGAGGCACAAAUGCAGCGGGAAGAACAAAGAAAACGUGAACGAGAGGCACAAAUGCAACGGGAAGAACAAAGACAGCGAGAACUGGAGGCACAAAUGCAGCAAGAAGAACAAACAAAACGAGAACUGGAGGCACAAAGACAACACAAAGAGCAAAGACAAUGCAAAAUGGAGGCAGAAAGACAUGAACUGAAGGCACAAAAGGAUCAGGAAAAGCAAAAUCAGCAUGAACUGGAAGCACAAAAGCAAUCAGAAGAACAAAGGCAAUGUGAUAUGGAGACCCAAAGUCGACAAGGGAAGCAAAGGCAUGGAAAACGAGAAGAAAAAAACCAGUCAGAAUUGGAAGAUAAACAACAAAAGAGACAUCAAGAAAUAAAGGAGGGGAAAACUUAUGACAAGCUGUCACAGCAUGGAUGGCAAGACAAGAAACAAGAACAAGAGAAGCAAAAAUGGCAAGAAGAAAAAGCAAAGCAUCGGGAUUCAGAAGGAAAGAGAGGACAAGAGCUGGAAGAAAAAGCACACGAGACAGAGAAGCACGAUGAACUGAAGAAACAAGUCCUUCAAGGGCAAAAAACAAGGCAGAAGCCAAAAGAACAAGAACAGACUAGAAAUCUAGAAGGUGAAGAUAGUUUGCAAAAGAAGGGAAGAACCACGAAGGUGGAGAAACAAAAGAGACCAGAGCAGCGAAAGGAAAAUCUGAAGGCAGAGAAAAUGAACAGCGAUGAACAAACACAACAAGAACCUGAGAAGCAUGUUAGAUCGGCAAAACAUGGUAAAUGUGAAGUAACAGAGUCCAAAACACAAUUGGACACAAAGAGAACACAGCAGGAAGAUUUACUACAAAGGGAACAGGGACAGAAACCAGAAGAAGCAAAAAUACUAAAUGUAGAAGGACUGCAGCCACAGGAAAAGACAAAAGAACUGAACAAAUUAUCCGGAUCGCAACCAGACAAAAAUCUGAAUGCAGAAGAGAAACCUUUGGAAACCAUAAAGAAGGCACUUCCACCUAAAGAAGAAGCAAGCCAGCAAAAGUCAGAGCAGAAAGACAAGGGGCAGAAGAAAGAAGAAACUCUAAGGCAUGGUGAGAGAAGGAACACUGAAACUCAGGAACAAGAAAGGAUUCAUGGCGAAGAGCUACGAUGGCAGGAAGUUGAUGCAAGACAGACUAUGCCCAGGGGAUUCACCUUUCAAGUAUCCUCAGGCGAAAAACAAAUUAUAUUUCCGAAAGUUAAUCUGAGCCCAGUUAGCCCCAUUAAAGAGACACCAGCUCCUUCUACUGCAAUAGAAUCAAAGACUCCCAAGUGUUCACAUGAUCUUCCAACCUCUUUGUGUGUCCCACAUACAGCAAUUUUGGUCACUGGAGCACAGCUCUGUGGCACUGCGGUCAACCUCAAUCAGAUCAAAGAUACAGCUUGUAAAUCUUUACUUGGCUUAACAGAAGAAAGAAAAAUGGCGGAUAUGGCUCCAGCAGAAAGUGCUCCGAAACAAUCUCCUGAUGCCAAGCCUAGCAGCAGUAAAAUAAAACACACUCAAGAUCCACUGGGCAACCAGGACAUAUUGGCUGAGUGGGCUUCCAUUAGGUCAAAAAUCCUAAAAAGUGCAGAAAAUGGGAAAAGUAAUGAGAAAGACAAGGGAAACACCAGCAGACAUAGUGAUGAUUGGACACCUAAAGGACGAACUGCUUCCCAUAGUAAUUUACGGAAGACUUUGUCCGCAAAUGCAAAGUUUUCUAUCACUCCAGCAUGGCAAAAGUUUUCAGAAGUCUCCAAAACUAAUACAGACCCUGAGGGUAAGGUUGGCACUGAAGCGGAGAAUGCAACAGCAAAAGAAUUGGUUCCAGCUACUAUCAGUGCAAAGCGAGAGAGAGUUCACACUGAGCCACUGAUAGAUGUAGGGAAUGUACCUAGAUUGCCUGCGAGUAAAACUGAAGUGCAUCAUGAGGUGGCAGAUAACACGGAGGGUUGUAAGUUUGCCAAAGAUCUUCCAUCUUUUCUUGUUCCAAGUGGCCCACUAAGUAAAGAAAUAUCCCAGCCAGAAUCCUCUCCGAAUAUGGAAUCUCACCAGAACAUUGCUACAAGAAAACUGGACCGAGUCUCACCAAAUGGAGAAGAAAACGUGUCCCCAUUUGGUGUAAAAUUGAGAAGGACCAACUAUUCUUUGCGUUUUCACUAUGAUCAGCAAGGAGACCAAAAGAAGAAGAAACGGUACAGUGCAGGAGAUAGUUUUGAUGGCAUUCCAACUCCUCUCGUCACCCCAGAGAGUGAACAAGAGCCAAGUAAUCUUUUUUCAAAGGCAAGUAAAUCUCCUAGCCAAGAGACAAAGGAUGCUAGUGUUAGUUCUGGAAAGAUCUCCCCAUCUAAUGUCAAUCAAAGCUACAGUACAGCGACACCAGUAUCUUUACCAACUAGCGGCCAUGUGUCCACAGCUAGUCAAGAGAAAUUGGUUUGUAUAUCACCAGCCCCCAAAAAGCCUGCAUUGGCUCCAAAGCCUACCAGCCAAACUCCACCACCAUCUCCUCUCGCAAAAAUACGCAGGCCUCCUGCAGUCGAAUCUUUGGGGCAAAGGGUGAGUAAAGCCGAGACUGAUCCAGCCUGGAGGAAAACUGAAGCUAAAGGGAGUGCUCUGGUUUCACAAGCACCUGAAGGAAACAAGAGCGAAGAGGAAGAGUCGAAGGAGAAGAAGUCAUUUUUCCCAUCCAUUACCAUGCCAUGGAGAGAGAAAACAGAGAAAAAGACAGAGCCACUAAAAAAAGAAAGGCCAGUUCUUCAGAGCAGGCAUUCCAUAGAUGGCUCAAAAUUGAUGGAAAAGGUUGAAUCCGCACAGCCACUUUGGAUCACAUUAGCACUGCAAAAGCAGAAAGGUUUUCGAGAGCAGCAAGCGACCCGAGAGGAGAGGAGGCAAGCCAGGGAGGCAAAGCAGGCUGAGAAACUCGCUAAAGAAAAUGCCAGCAUAAACAGUCAGUCGGAUAAUAAAAACACCAGCAGGACAAGCACACUACUAAAGCCUGCAGCAUCGGAAGAGGAGAAGAAAGAGACAGCGAUGACAAGGCUUGAACGCAGAGAACAGCUGAAAAAAUCAAACACUCUUCCUACAUCUGUGACAGUGGAGAUCUCGAAUUCGCUUCCAUCAUCUCCCUUGGCGAAAGAAGUCACAAAGAGGUUCUCUUCCGCUGAUGCCAAUCCGGUGUCAACAGAGCCUGCCUGGCUGGCCUUGGCCAAGAGGAAAGCAAAGGCCUGGAGUGACUGUCCACAGAUUAUUAAGUAAACAACACAGGGUUUGCUCUUUCUGUUGUUAUUUGCUCUAUCCUUUUUGUUAAUGUUUUCACAUGACAGAACCAAUGGAACAACAUUCUUUUGGAGGAUGAAGGACACUUUGAACUGUGUACCAUUUGCUCAUUGCAAAUUUCAUCUACGUAAUAGAUGCAUCACUUUGAGAAUUUGGGUACUAUGGAAGAGAGAUGUUGGCACGAGGCUCAGGUUUUUAGUCUCUCUCAAAAGUACAGUUGAUAAAAGUUGCAUUUUAGGUUCAAAUAAUUUUUAAGAAACUGUUCCUCCAUUGGCCCUCAAUUUUUGGUUCCAGUGGUUUGUUUCUUUUUGCCGUUUUUGGAUAAGCAGAGAUUCCAGCCAUUUAAAUGCUUCAAAUGAAUGUAAGCUGCAUGUUGCUUCCACUUUUCAAUUGAGAAUGUAAUACCAUUUUGUGGAAAAUUUUGAGAAUCUACUCAGGUGCAGGAUAUGGAAAGACCAACUCCUGUCUUAGUAGUAAACAGACUAUCCAGUGAUCAUCUUUUAUUCAUGUUGCAACUAAUGUAGAGAUGACAACUUUGAAUUCUUUUGAGUGUCAUUUGUCACUGACGAAAGUACCAGUGUGUCUGGUCCUGCUGUAAAGACGUCGCAGGACAAGGAUUUCUCCAAGUGCUUGGAGCCGAGAGCAGGCUCAUUUGCCUGUGUUUUCACAAAUUCAAUGUUUUUUAAAAAAUUGAGAUUUUUUUGUGUGAUAAACAUCGCUUUUUAUCAGUAGCUUCUAUCAGGAAGUAUUUAAAUAUAUCAGCUUAGUUAAUUCGCUAAAACUGGGGUUUUGUCAAAUGAGCAUUUCCAUGCUAUCUUUCUAUUUACGAUCCUUCAAACCAUUACCUGCAGAAACACGUUAUAACAUUUUCCCGUGCGCAGUAUGCCGAUACAGGCUACUGUGAUAAUAUCUGGUAACACACCAUAUAAGCCUUUCUCUUCCGGUAAUGGGGAGCACCACGCAGAGAGAGAGAAACAACUGCAAUGGAGUAUUGAAAACCCAUGUUAAAGCCAGCCCACAUCAUUCAUAUUAUAUUUAAUUUACAUAACAUUUCAUAUUAUGCUCAAUUUACAUAACAUACAAAGCCCCCCCCCCCCCCCUUGGUUAAGCAACCUUUUCAAUACAAGGUG